AUGAAUUCAGCAAUAACAAGGGCAGCAUCGGUUAAUUCCCGAACGUAUCUCCUAACCAAUCAUUACAGGUCCUCUGUCUAUACAUUCAACAACUUUCUUAAGAAUACUAUAUACUUCCGUAAUCUAAUCUACAACUUUGGUUCGAUGCGGAAUCUCAAAGAUGGAAAGAACCUUCAACAACAAACAAAUACCUGUCAAGAUGACAUCUCCUUGUAA